AUGGUGGCUCAUGGCGGAUCCCAACCUGUAUACCCCAACUACCCCUAUGUUGCUAAUAUUCCAUCACCCAUCCCAGCUCCACAAAACCCAAACUAUCAACCACAAAGGCCUCAAGCCCACCGUCCAUAUUAUCCACCACUAUAUCAAUCACAACCUUAUCAGCCACAACCGUUUUACCAACAACUAUACUAUCCCCUUCCACCACAACAACAACAGCCUCGUCAGCCUCGUCCUCCACCACAACAACAACAGCCUCGUCAGCCUCGCCCUCCAAGAAAUCAAUUCCCUCCUAUCCCUAUGUUGUAUGGAGACUUGUUACCUUCCCUACUCGCUAGGGGUCUUGUUCAGGUUAAACCACGUCCCCUGGUGCCGAACCCUUUACCUCAUUGGUAUCGCCCAGACCUUACUUAUGAAUUCCAUCAAGGGGCACCAGGGCACGACAUUGAGCACUGUUACCCUCUCAAAGACGCAGUCCAAAGAUUGAUUCACAACAAGGACUUAUCCUUCAAUGACCCUGUUGCUCCAAACAACCCUCUGCCACCUCAUGGGCCGACCGUUAACAUGAUUGAGAAUUGUCAGGAAGAUGGUCUCGUCACCAACGCUCAAGAUGUCAGAACCCCGUUGGUUCCAAUGCAUGUGAAGAUGUGUAACAUAGGUAUGUUUAGCCACGAUCAUAUCAAUUGUGAGGUGUGUUCUGCGGAUCCCCAUGGGUGCAUUCAAGUUCAAAAUGAUGUACAAGGGUUAAUGGAUCAAGGAGAGCUGGUUGUCACAAGAGAAGAUAAGAACAUUUGUGUUGUAAUUCCUGUGUUUAAGGAUAGGACGAAACCAAUUGGUGUUGUUACUCCGAUAUUCAAAGACAAUGCCAAGACAGUUGUCGAUCCUCUGGCAAUUUGUAUGCCAAAACCCAAGCUGUUUUUCUCCCAGAAGGCUAUUCCAUAUAGCUACGAAUCUACAGGCAUAGAGGAUGGUAAAGGGGUACUUUUGAGUCCUUCAACUUCGGUAGAUAACAUUGCUGAGAGUAGUCAAAUUCUGAGAAGUGGACGUAUUCUUCCGGCUGUUGUACAAGCAACGAACAAAGCUCCGGUGAUAGAAUCAGUGCCAAUACCAGAUCCUAGCAAGGGUAAAAGUGUGGGUCAACCUAGUGGAACUGACAACGAUGAAAUUUUGAAACUAAUCAAGAAAAGUGAUUAUAAGAUAGUGGAUCAGUUAUUGCAAACUCCAUCCAAGAUUUCUAUCAUGUCACUAUUGACAAGUUCUGAUGCUCAUAGGGAGGCCUUGAUGAAAGUGUUGAAUCAGGCCUACGUAGACCAUGAUGUGACUUUGGAUCAAUUUGGGAGCAUUGUUGGAAAUGUGACGGCAUGCAACAAUCUGAGUUUCAGUGAGGAAGACCUCCCGGUGGAGGGGAAAAAUCAUAACAUGGCCUUACAUAUCUCUGUUAUGUGCAAAACAGAUUCUCUAUCCAAUGUCUUGAUAGACAACGGUUCUUCCCUCAAUGUGAUGGCGAAGACAACCUUCGAUAAAUUGACAUAUUCAGACGGAUUUAUCAGGCCCAGUUGCAUGUCAGUAAGGGCAUUUGAUGGAUCCAGGAAGACGGUGUGGGGAGAAAUAGAUUUACCUAUCACUAUUGGGCCCCAAGAGUUUAAAGUUACAUUCCAGAUAAUGGAUAUUCAAGCUUCCUACAGCUGUUUACUUGGUAGACCAUGGAUUCAUGAAGCAGGGGCAGUAACAUCCACUCUUCACCAAAAGCUAAAGUUUGUGAGUCAUGGAAAGCUUGUUACAGUGAGUGGAGAAUCAGCUCUUUUGGUUAGCCAUUUGUCGUCCUUUUCCUUCAUUGGUGGUGAAAGUUCGCAUGGAACGUCAUUCCAAGGGCUCUCGGUUGAAAGCGGUACUACAAAGGGUGAAACAUGCAUGGCCUCUCUAAGGGAUGCUCAGAGAGUAAUUCAAGAAGGAAAAGCGGAAGGCUGGGGACUGAACAUAAGUGAGCCCGUUGAACGUAGGGACCCUAUGCUUCCGCCCAACUUGGAGUUCCCUGUUUAUGAGGCUUGGGUAGAGGAGGAUGAAGAGUUUCCUAAUGAGCUCAGAUGGAUGUUAGAGCAAGAAAGAAAAGCCAUUCAGCCUCAUAAGGAAGAAAUAGAGUUGAUCAACCUGGGUACUGAGGAAGAUAAGAAAGAGAUUAAGAUUGGAGCGUCAUUAGAGGCAUCUGUCAAGAAUAGGAUAAUUGAGCUUCUCAAAGAGUAUGAUGAUAUAUUUGCGUGGUCCUACAAAGACAUGCCGGGGUUAGACCCUGAUGUUGUUGAACAUCGUUUGCCUCUAAAGCCCGAGUGUCCUCCAGUCAAGUAG